UGGUGCUGCUGCAACAUGAGCAUCAGAAUUCAGCUGUCGGCGUUGUCUGUGAUGUGAACAGUCAAACCAUAAUGGCGACUGCUGGAACAGCAGACUCGGGAUCAACAGCCCCGACAGGGACCAGCAGCAUCCGAAAAAUGGCCCCCUCAGAGAUGCCUGGCUCCUCAGGCACAACUCAGAGUAUGAAGAAGACCAUUGGACACCGGGGCGUUGAGACCACCACAGGAGAGACCACCUAUAAAAAGACUACGUCAUCUGCCCUAAAAGGUGCAAUCCAAUUGGGCAUUGCUCACACAGUUGGCAGCUUAAGCCAAAAGGCAGAGAGGGAUGUUCUCAUGCAGGACUUCGUGGUGGUUGAAAGUAUCUUCUUCCCCAGUGAAGGCAGUAACCUGACACCCGCCCAUCACUACAGUGACUUUCGCUUUAAGACCUACGCUCCUAUUGCCUUUCGUUACUUCAGAGAACUGUUUGGAAUUCGGCCAGAUGACUAUCUGUAUUCUCUGUGUAAUGAGCCACUGAUCGAGCUGUCUAAUCCCGGAGCCAGCGGAUCCCUCUUCUACGUCUCUAGCGAUGACGAGUUCAUCAUCAAGACUGUUCAGCACAAAGAGGCUGAGUUCCUCCAGAAACUACUGCCUGGAUACUUCAUGAAUAUAAACCAAAACAAGCGCACCCUGCUGCCCAAGUUCUACGGAUUGUAUUGUGUUCAGGCAGGGGGCAAGAAUAUCCGCAUUGUAGUGAUGAACAAUCUUCUGCCUCGGAUCAUCCCCAUGCACCUCAAAUAUGACCUGAAGGGCUCCACCUAUAAGAGACGAGCCUCCCCUAAGGAGAGAGAAAAGGCUGUUCCCAUUUACAAAGACCUGGACUUUAUCCAGGACUUGCCUGACGGCCUGCUGCUGGAAGCGGACAACUACAAUGCUCUGUGCAAGACUAUACAGAGGGACUGCUUGCUCUUACAGAGUUUCAAGAUCAUGGAUUACAGUCUGCUGAUGGGCAUCCACAACAUGGACCAGGCCAGCCGAGAGCGUGAGCGUGCUGGGGGUAAUUCAGCUGACAGUGGUGGGUCAGAGGGAGCAGUGACUCCAGAUCAGCGCCGGCCACAAGCCCAGAAAAGUCUGUACUGCACAGCCAUGGAGUCCAUCCAGGGGGAGGCUCGAGGGAAGGGAGCUUUAGAUUCAGAAGACCACAUGGGUGGUAUCCCAGGUCGUAAUGCUAAAGGAGAAAGGUUGCUGAUCUACAUCGGCAUCAUCGACAUUCUUCAAUCCUACAGGUUUAUUAAGAAGUUGGAGCACUCCUGGAAAGCCUUGGUCCAUGAUGGGGACACUGUUUCGGUUCACAGACCAGGCUUCUAUGCAGAGCGUUUCCAGCAAUUCAUGUGCAGCACCGUGUUUAAGAAAAUUCCAUUAAAACCAUCACCAUCUAAGAAGAGUCGUGGUGGAGGUCCGGGAGGGCUUAGGAGGGCCCCCACCCUGGGAGCUCCCACCCCGCUCUCCCACGCGACAGGACAGUCAGCUGUCGACUCUAGACUGGUGUACCACAGCCACUUCAAAAGCACAGAGUCAGAGGCAGACAGUGGCGUGCAGUCGGGCAGACCUGAUCUUGUUCCGAGGACUCCCCCGCUGGUAGACAACCCUGCCGACUGUGAAGGCAACCUGUCCACCUCAUCACUAGGCAGCACAGGAGUUACCUCCACCUCUCCUCCCCUGCGUUCUGUAGGUGUGGAAGUGCACAAAUCAGCAAACACAGACCAUGACCAGGGUGCUUCCCACAGUUUGGGAGCGGAAGGGGCUGAAGAUAAUUCCGGCAACCUGUCUGGAAAUGAAGACGUAGUUUCACUAUCAGACAUUGUCCCCGAGACCAACAUCUGUUUUUAAAAAAAACAGACACAGUGCCAUCUAAGGAUGAGAUGAUUCUGGCCAAGAUGAGGUGGGUGGAAAUAAGGAUAAAGAGAAUAAAGUCUCCACCGUGGACCCUCCGUUGCACCUAUGUUGUUUUCUCACGAUACAUACAGUACAUACAUGGAUCGCUGGAUGAUACAGUGAGGUGCAGUGGAGGUUGUGACAGUCAGGAAAGCAGUGAUGGGAAGAUCAAGAAGACAGGGUGCAGUAGGCCUUAGACUUUCCCAGCCAUCAACAAAGUCACUGUGCGCACACAUUUUGUCCACGCCUGCCACAAAGCCCCAAUGUCUUUUAUAAACACCUGGAAAAAAAAGGCGUAAGACCCUGAAUCUGCAGCUCUUUAAUAGCCCCGGCAACAUUACAUCAAUUAAACAAGGAUUUUCUGUCGUUUUGGCAACAUGUCUGUCGGCCGCAACGUCAUCAUAAACAAAAUAAUUAGCUGUAUAUUCUAAAAAGCCUCCAGUCACCAGUGCAUGGUGAAGGCAGUCAAAUUCUCCAUGAAGAGUCAGUCGUCGUGCCCACUUCACACAGCAUGAAGAGAUGUGAGUGGGCACAGACAGCCUUUCAGCAGGAACACACGUACACACUUAAGAGCACAUGAAGGGCAUAGCCUGCGUUUGUGGGUGUGAAUAUUUUCCUGUGUGUUCACGCACAGUCUAGGUGGGUUCACAUUUCUGUGACUCACUACUAUUCCUGUUACCGCACAUCCAUUUCCCCCUUGGUGCUAAGCAAGGGGGGGAGGGGACUCUGAGCUAUCAGUGGUCAUUGUUCGAAUCAACACUUGCUGCUGUCGACUCUGCAGUCAUGUAUGCAUUUCUUUUUACUGAUUGUGGAUGUACAGUAUUAGUUUGAAGUCAGAUUUUUGAGACGCCGAAAAGGGAUGGGUUGAACCAGACCCCUACGGUAAUUUUUGUUUCACAUUUUGUGAUAAGUUAUUCUGCUGGAAGCCACGGUGGUGCUGCAAAGAUUCAACCAGAUCUUGCCACUACUGAAUGUACAUUAACAUUGUCUUUUCUUAUAUGGAAUGUGUCUUAUUAACAUGGCAGAUCACAUUUGUACAACCCUGAAAAUCUCCCCCUCUGAUGUGACCAUAUGUGCUGAAGUAUAAAUCAAUACAGAGAGAAGAGCUGUCGACAGCAUCGCUGGCCAGCAGAUGCUGUUAAAUGAAGUCAUGGUGUUAAGUUAAUGAAACAGUAACAUUCGAGCUACUGUCUGUCGUCUGUCAUGUCUGUGCCUUUGCAUGUUCAUCCCUCCCCUAACAUAUGAUUUGUAACUUACAUUUUUUUUACAGGUUAGUGUUGUAGUCACACAAAGAUACCUGCCUUAUCACUACAGCUGAAGUCAUCUUACUGCUAUUUGUAUGUCUGGACCAACCAAUCAGUUGUAAGGGUUUAAAAGAAUUUCAGAUUUUAAUACAAACACUAAUACAAUGGUUUCGUGCAUGUUGCAUGUUCAGUCACCAUCAGCUCAGCUAAACCUUUUCACACCCCUGACAUCAGACAUAACAGAUAUCUGGCUAUUAUUAUUCAUUUCUGCUGGUUACAGAAAUGACACCUGCCCACAUCCAAAUCUUGGACCAAUAUUACUAACCGUGUUUAAAACUUAUUUUUUAAGUAGUCUUACUCAGCUUUUACUUGGCAGUUGAUAAAAAAUUAAGCUUUGUUUACCUAUUAUUGUUUAGGGCACUAAACAAGCCACAUAUGCUGCUUGGCUGAAAUCUUUUUUUUUGUAAACCCUAUGAGAUAUUUCUGAUACAGAAAUUUGAAUCACUACCAGGUGAUGUGUAGCAGAACUCAAGAUCUUAGACAUCAUCUCAAUGAAUGAGUUACUGUUGAUGUUUGUUAGGCACAUGUGGUCUGUGCAGCAGAGUGGGGGAAGGGGAAAUGUGAGUUAUGAAUAUAGAAAGAAGGAAAAUUACUCAUGUUCAUUAAUGCACAGUUGAGGAUUCAUGACUGAGUCUUUUGUAUUAUAAGCCAGUCACAGCACCAAAGAAAAGAGUAGGGAAUGUCCAGUACAGCUGACAUGAAGAUGAAAUGAGACACUCCUGGACACCUGCAUGGACUGAUAUGUUGUAUAUGGUAAUAACACUGGGUUGGCCUGUGUUUUAAAGAUCUAUUAUUAAACUAGAUGGUUUGUUUUGUUAAAUAAUUUCAUGUCUGAUAGGCUUUAUCUGACGUAAACCUGGUCCCUGUAAAGAUUUAUUUUUCUUUAUCAAAGGAUUAUUUUACUUUGGCUCGAGACAUUUCAACUCCACAUUCCCCUUGAAAUCCUGUGAAAAGUUUAAUUUACUACAAUUGUGGUAGCUCCCAUUAUUAACCAUCUUUGUUUAGCUGGGACAAUGUACUUGAAAUUGAUUACUUCUGAUGUUUUGCUGAAAUGUAAAAUACUGAUGAUUUCAAACAGAUCCAUUUAAAGUUGUAUUUAGUUGGUUAAGAGUCAAACAGCCACCAAAGAAAAACACUCCAAGAAAAUCUUUGAUUUGAAAAAAAGAAAAGAAAAAAAAAUCCAGAUUAUAUUUUGUGACAGCUUGUGUUUGAUGUUUUAUGUUGUAACUUCCUUUUUUUUCUCUCAUUUUUUAAUUUGUAUUUUUUUAAAUGGGUGGUACUGUGUAAUUGCUGGAUGCAGACCUGUUGUGUCACAGUUGUUAUGUACUACACCCAUGGCACAAGAGAAACAUCAUCCUUCGGUGCUUAUAGGGCGGUGUAGACACUACAGUACAUUUGAAGUAAUGCAAUAUGAACCACAAUCUACCACCUUUCAGCUCUAAGAAGUAUAUUUAUUGAUAUGAUUGAUUGCUGUAGGCUGAAAUGAUAAAGUUGUAUUAUGUACCUUAGAUGAUUGUACGUAUACUGUAAACUGACAGAAGGAUGUCUGAAAACUUUAUAGCGUGUGUUGCCUAUGAAGGGGAACUAUUUGACAAUUUCACUUUUUAUAUUUCAUGUUUUAGAUUGUGAUAUGAUAGAUAUAUUCUCUCCAUGACGAUUCUUGGUUGUAAAGCUCCCAUGCUUUUUCUACAUGAAUGUUUCACACGGCUUACGAGCCAACAUUGCUGGUUGUCCUAUAUGCUUCAAUUACUAUAUUUUUACUGUGUAUAAAAUGUGUAUAUGUACAUAGGAGUCACGGAAAUGCCUUCUCAUGCAAUAUGUGCUGCCUGUCCCUCCUGCCAUGUUUCAGUUAUGUGGUGGUGAUGUUUUCAUGUCUGAUUUUAAAGGAUUAAACAUAUUUUCUAAA